CCCCCCCCCCCCCAGGGGUAAGUGUACCAUGUGCACCCCACAGCCCGUUGCCGAUGAAGAGUCAGUGGCACUGUGUCUUGAGUAUAUUCGGUACCCCAGCUCAGUUCAGGGAGAGUAUUCCACAAUGUCCCCCAGCCCCUGUUUGAAGUGGAAGCUCCCUCGCUUCCCUCCCCCCAUGCGGAGUCACAUUCUCCCAGUAUCAGCCAUGUCAGUCAGACUCUUCACUGAUUCUCAGAUGUCUCCCUGCGCACAGGCCCACCGUGCUGUGCCUCAAGGCAACAACAGCCCUUACCCUUACACACACACACAGUAUCUCAUUGACUCAUGGCCCUCCUCACUGUUUCCAGUCAGGAGCUGCGAGAGAGCUGACAGUUUCUCUGAACAGUUGCAGCCCUGGUCCCCUGCUCUUGACCUGUUGGGUGGGGGUGCAGAGUGGGUUGUUAUCAGCUGUUUCACGGUCACACAAACUCUGAGCCUUGUCCCUCUCUGUCCCAGCCAGCUGGAACUGAAGCAGCUUGAGUACCGGAGGGUGAGGGUCCGAGGGAGGUUCGACCACUCCAAGGAACUCUACAUCAUGCCCCGAUCGAGGGUGGAUCCAGACAAAGAGGCCCAAGAGGCUGGGCGCCUGAUGUCCAGCACUGAGACUGGAGCCAACGUGAUCACUCCAUUCCACUGCACCGAGCUGGGGGUGAAGAUUCUUGUGAACAGGGGCUUUGUUCCCAGAAUGAGACUCAAACCAGAAACACGGACCAAAGGACAGAUCACAGACGAGGUGGAGAUCAUUGGUGUCAUUCGACUGACAGAAAGUCGCAGACCAUUUAUCCCUCAGAAUGACGUUGAGAGGAAUUGCUGGUAUUAUCGUGAUUUGGAGGCAAUGGCAGAGGCUAUGGGCACAGAACCCAUCUUCAUUGAUGCAGACUUCAAUAGUACAGUUCCUGGAGGUCCGGUUGGUGGGCAGACCAGAGUAACUCUGAGGAAUGAGCACCUGCAGUACAUCCUAACCUGGUAUGGGCUGUGUGCUGCAACCUCCUAUAUGUGGUUCCAGAAGUUUGUACGGAAAGCAGCUGUCUGAUCUUCCUUGGAAAUCUUAUCACUGUUUUUAUUAUAAAUGCACAACUUAAACUGA